GCCGCCGCCAUCGGACAAUGGGCCGCGCGCCGCGACUGCAGUGAGCUCCUCUGGACCCGGCCGCCGCCGGCCCCAGGUUUGCAAGUUUGGUUGCCGGACGUGGAUGUGGAUUUGCUUUUUCUAUUGACAUUCUCUGUCUUCUUUCGUCUGUUUUUGGUUUUAUGUCUUAGAAAAAGAGAACUUUUCAAAGCAGGCCGGGCACAGCUGAAGGCUAUUCGCCCCCACGUGGACGCUCCCCAGGGGAAAAGAAGUCUGGAAGUAAACUUAGCCCCGCUGGCCUGAAGGCCUCAACUUUGGUUGGACUCUAAGUUUUGGAGUCAUGACCUUCUUGCUGGGCAGGUGGGAGUCUUUCUCUUCCUUCGGCUGGACCUGAACCUCGGCCUCCACACAAAUCACCCCACCCCAUUCACACCUUGUACCGGACGGAGUUAGGCCCCGGAUACUUACUGAUCUGCAACAUGGAUAAAUAUGACGACCUGGGCCUGGAGGCCAGUAAGUUCAUCGAGGACCUGAACAUGUAUGAGGCCUCCAAGGAUGGACUCUUCCGUGUGGACAAAGGUGCCGGCAACAACCCUGAAUUUGAAGAAACUCGAAGGGUGUUCGCGACCAAGAUGGCCAAAAUCCACCUCCAGCAGCAGCAGCAGCAACAACAGCAGCAGCAGCAGCUCUUACAGGAGGAGGCCCUGUCUAGGGCGGGCAGAAGCCCUGUCAACGGUGGGAGCCGUCAGGGUGUGAGCAGCAAGCUGGCCGCAGAUGGUGCCGCCAAGCCCCCUCUGGCUGCACCAACAGCGGCACCUGGAUUAGCUACCACCACUGUGGCUGUGCAGCCCUCAUACCCAUCUCAGGAGCAGAGGACCAGGCCAUCUGCCCAUGGUGCAAGGCCUGGCAGUCAGAACUGUGGUUCCAGGGAGGGGACUCUGAGUUCCCAGAAGCCUGCUUUACACGGUCCGGGUCCCUGUGAAGACCCUUCCUGCCUCACUCAUGGAGACUAUUAUGACAAUUUCUCUUUGGCAAACCCACAGUGGGAUGAUAGAUCAGAAGUGUCCCCCAGCAUGAAUCUGAGUGUAAGGAGUGGGUGGCCUGGUUGUCUAGGGAAUGAUUCCCCAUUGACCAGAUCCUGUGGGGACCAUCACCCUUACCAGCCACAGCUCCCCAUGUGCUCUGGCAGGUCUUUUGAGAGUGGGAUCAGUGGCCAGGAUGGUGGCAUUAGUGGUCAUAGCAAUGUGAAGCCAACAGGCCUUUGGUCUACUGCUUCCUCUCAGCGAGUGAAUCUCGGCUUUUCUUCUCUGGGCUUGGAGAAUGGGGCCCCAGCUCAACCCAUGAGCACAACUGUUUCGGCACCUCUGGUCGCUACCAGUGCUAGCCAAGGAGCUUGUCUGAGAAGAGAUUCAGGUCUGGGAUGUGAGGCUUCAGGCAGGGUCUUCAAACCUACGAUGGACUCUCAGCCUUGGCUCCAGGAUGGGCCCAAGUCUUACCUCUCUGUUUCUGCUCCAUUAUCCUCAACAACUGGCAAGGACAAUACCCAGCCAGGUAUGACCCCUGGGCUGGGUCCUAAGCCUGGAUGCAUGGACUCUAGCACUGGUCCCCAGCCCAGCCCCACCAGCCUUGUCCAUCCGGUAAUGUCCACUUCGUCUGAGUUAUCUCGUAAAGAGGGUCCUCCCAGCUGGUCCACCGACAAUAGCCUGGGACCUGUGCUCUCAGAAAGCCCCACCCCCACCAAGGUGAGGUUGCCCUGCCAGACCCUCACACCAGGACCUGAACUUGGACCCUCCACUGCGGAACUGAAAUUAGAAGCCCUUACCCAGCGUCUGGAGCAAGAGAUGGAUGCUCAUCCCAAAGCUGAUUACUUCGGAGCCUGUGUGAAAUGCAGCAAAGGGGUGUUUGGAGCCGGACAGGCCUGUCAGGCCAUGGGGGACCUCUACCAUGAUGCAUGCUUCACCUGUGCAGCCUGCAGCAGGAAGUUAAGAGGAAAAGCCUUCUAUUUUGUCAAUGGGAAAGUAUUCUGUGAGGAAGACUUUUUGUACUCUGGCUUCCAGCAGUCUGCUGACAGGUGUUUUCUUUGUGGACAUCUGAUCAUGGACAUGAUCCUACAGGCCCUGGGGAAGUCCUAUCACCCUGGCUGUUUCCGCUGUGUCAUCUGUAAUGAAUGUCUAGAUGGGGUGCCUUUCACCGUGGACUCAGAGAACAAGAUCUACUGUGUUCGAGAUUACCACAAGGUGCUGGCCCCAAAGUGUGCAGCCUGUGGGCUUCCCAUCCUUCCACCAGAGGGCUCAGAUGAAACCAUCCGUGUUGUAUCCAUGGAUAGAGAUUACCAUGUGGAAUGCUACCACUGUGAGGACUGUGGCCUAGAGCUCAAUGAUGAGGAUGGUCACCGCUGCUACCCACUAGAAGACCACCUGUUCUGUCACUCCUGCCAUGUCAAGAGGCUGGAGAAAGGACCCUCACCUGCAGCCCUCCACCAGCACCACUUCUAGCCAGAGACACAGUGGGGAGGCAGUGCCAGGGAUGCCCAGGGAGGUGUCUAUGGGGUACCUUUGGGGGCACCCAGAGAUGGGGCCCAGGAAGAAGAGGGGCAGGAGGUCAAGUUCCUGCAUGUGUGUGAAGGUUACCUUUCUUUUAACCAUAGCAGUGUGCACUCCCCAUCAAGUCCAUGUAUUUUUCAAGUGCUUUACCCCAUUGCCAUACCCUCACCAAAUCACUCAGGAAGAUGCUCUAACUUGCACAUGGCACAUGACACAAGGUUGGGCCUGUGUAACUGGACACAUCCUACUCCCUGGAAAUGUGUUAAGCACAUUUCACAAUGUUCCUAAAGAGAAGCAGUUAUGGAGAUGAGUGGCACUUCCCUCCUCUAGGAAAAUACCUGCACCCAGAUAACCCUCACACACCCUAUGGUGCAAUUUACAGUUCUUUCCACCUCAGAACUAAAGUUCUGAGAAUGCUGCAAACUCUAACUGCAUCGAGACAAGAAAGAAGCAUUGCAUAUCUUUGUAUCCUUGGAGUUUGCUUGGUAAGCCAGAGCCAAGCUUUGACAUCUGGGAGGCUGGGUCUCCUGUUGUGCCUCUGCCUUUCCUCCCAUUCCUAAGGCAGCUGAGCUGCGGCAGAGGCCUGUCCUGUCUGAUACAGCCAGCUUUGAGAGAACUGGUGCAGGCACCAGGCUUCUUGUCCACUGCUUGGUGCUGUUUUUCUUUGCUUCCUCUAGUCUGUGAUGAUGGAGUUGCUUCCUUAAGAUGAGUCUGAGGAUCUCAAGUGCUCACACCCUGACACCUCUUUCUUAUUAUUUGCUCAUGAGCUCGAAUCUCAAUCCAUAUCC